AUGAUAUAUUUCAUCAUCAAGGGAAUCUCUGAUGUUCCUGAGCUCCAGGCUCCUAUAUUUGUUCUGGUUUUACUCAUUUACCUCAUCUCUCUUGUGGGGAAUAUGAGUCUUCUCCUCCUGGUCUGCCUGGACUCUCAUCUUCACACUCCCAUGUAUUUCUUCCUUGCUAAUUUGUCUAUAGUGGACAUGAUGUCUCCCACUGUCACCUUACAUAAGAUCCUUCUAACGUUCAUCACUGGAGAUCACACAAUGCUCUAUCUGGCCUGUAUGGUACAGUUAUAUAUGUUUGCAUCUGUUACAACACAUGAACUUUUCAUACUGACAUCCAUGAGCUAUGAUCGAUAUGUAGCUAUUUGUAAACCAUUGAAUUAUAAUAUUAUCAUGAACUUUAAGAUAUGUCUUCUGUUGGUCUUAUUUUGUUGGAUAUUUGGUUUUACACAAUAUGCAUCCUUCAUCUGGUUUGUAUCUAAGAUCUCUUGUUUUAUCACCAAGGUUAUUGACCACUUCUGCUGUGACCUUGUCCCCAUCAUGGAAAUUGCCUGCAGUGAUCUAACAAUAUUGGAAAGAGUGUCUAAUAUACAGGGGUUGUUUGUCUAUAUCCUUAUUCCAUUUGUUCUCAUUUUAGCAUCAUAUAUUUGUAUUAUUACAACCAUAAUGAAGAUUCGUUCAAGUAUUGGUAGAAGAAAAGCCUUCUACACGUGUUCCUCACACCUCACAGUCAUCGGGCUGCUUUACACAACAUUGAUCCUUCAGUAUCUUAUACCAAGUAAAAGCUUAGGCUCCAAAAAAAUGUUUUCUUUGUUUAACAUGGCAGUUGUCCCCAUGCUCAACCCAUUUAUAUAUAGUCUUAAGAAUAAAGAUGUCAAAGCAGCUUUAAGAAGGAGGAUCGGGAAGUAA